UCAACGAUCGUUUCGUACGGUGUAUAAAAGAACGGAGAUUAAUGUUAACUCUCUCAUUACAUUGGUAUUGAAGAAGAGAGUAAAUAACUAGAUUUCAACUGGAAGGGCCAAAGCCAAAAGCGAAUGAAGGAAGAGCAAAAAAGCAAAAAAGAAGAAGCACUCAGGCAGACAGACACACACUUGCAAGAAGAAGAAUUUAGUUACAUUUGAAUAGAUUUGAAGUUAAGUGAUGAGUGCAAUCGGAAGGCAAUAUUUAAAACAAUUGUGAAAGAACGAAAGGUGCAAAAGUUAAAAAGAAAAAUGUGCUUUAAUUUACGUUCACUAUUUGUAAAGCAUGCAAAAGGUCAUAAAAUUUAAAAGGAAAAAAAAAGGAAAAUUGUUGAAAUAAAAAAGGAAAAUUGUUUGAAAAAAAAGACAAGUGAAAUUAGAAGAAAAGCAAAAAAAAAAAAAACCAAUCACUCUGUUGAACAUACAUACAUAGUUAAAAGCAGACAGCACUAGACAAGUUAAAAAAAAAAAAAAAAAAUAUUGUAAAAUAAGUGUUUAAAAUUACCGCAACAACAGAUCUACAAUGCGUGUCCAAGACGUCUACAAGUGCAUGGUGUGCCAAAACCGCCACGCCCUCAGGUACUGCCCAUCUUUUAUUUUGAUGACUGUCGAAGAUAGAAGGACGGCAGUUAGACAACACAAGUAUUGUCGAAAUUGCCUUGCCAAAAGCCACACCGUGGAAGAUUGCCAGUCGACGGAGACGUGUAGGAAAUGUGGGUUCCAGCACCACACCAUGCUGCACCCACGAAAACUAGCACCAAAGCCGAAAAGCUCCAAGGCAGCCACCAGAACGCCCAUGGCACAGCCUCGGCGACAAGAGCCAAAAAAAACCAACAAUGGCCAAUCCACAUCCGCUCAGGCCCAACGAGACCAACCAGCCAAAUCACGACUAGGCCGACGUCAAAAUACAGCUGCCGCCCGCCAACAACAGCCACACCCCAAAAGACACAACGGGCCCCAGAACCACCGAAACAACAAACAGGCAAACCAACGCAACACUCAACAAAGAAUCAACCGAAAGCCAAAGCGCAAACCCCAGCGAAAACCCACCAAGAAACCACAACACCAACCAACAAACCAACCACCAACUCUCCAACCUAAUUAUUUGAUUUUGUCUGAAGCGAUCAAGUCGCUGGCAACCGUCUUGUGUGCAACUCCCUCAAACUUUGCGUGAACGCAAGGCC